AUGGAUAUCGUUUCUCCAAUCGCCGCAGCAAUCGCUAUCGCUGCAAAUGCAGCGACAGCAGGCUUUGCACUUAAGAAAUUGUGCAGAGGCUGUGCAACGGCAGAGAGGGAGAUCGGUGACGCAUCGCAAAGGCUCUCUGGCCACAAACUUGAGUUUAAGCAGUGGGACGACUCAUGGCGAUGGCAACUGGAACAAUGUCAGCAAAAAAGAGACGCCAAACUAGGCUACCUAGACAUUUGGGGAAAGGAUGCGUUAAAUGCCGUGAAAGGCAACAGUCUGGCCAUACUAGGUUACCUUGAGGAUGUUCAACACCGCAUGGAGUCUUGUAUUAGUCCUGAUAAGACAAGAAAGACGAAGCCACGAUCGAAGCGUAGGAUCAAGCGCAAGGUGUCCGUCUUCAAGAAACUGAUCUUCUAUGUCUAUGGUAUCCAAAUCAGCAAGAGAAGCUCGACUCCUAAGUUGCCAUCCGACCGGUCCGAUGCAAGAAUAGGAUGGUUACGGAAGAUCAAAUGGUGCACAUCCAUAAGCCAGGAAGUCGACGACUUCUUGGCCAAAAUCGACUCUGCACAAAGGCUUAUCCAGAGGAUUGCGAGUAGAGCAUUCGACUCGUAUCGUCGGAACCGCUCUCAUCCUGGCCCGCGAGUUUCGAUGGUAACAUUAACGGUAUCGAAAGCCUUCCGUCAGUUUAGACGGGAGAUACGAUCCGAUCAGAGAUUGUCUAUCAUAGGGCAUGCUUUGGUCCGGGAUCGCGAAGGUUUGGAGAAAAUAAGGGAUGACAGAAGAUCCUCGUCCGAAGCACCAAUCAAGCUUGUAUUUCUCGCCCUGCCUGAAGACUUCGUUCGACAAGAUAGGCCAACGGUGAUGCUUGCAAACGUCUACUUGGACAUCAACACAAGAAACACUGGCGACGAAGAGGUUUAUAUCAGGAUCAGCUCUCUAGGUAGAUACCAAACAGAGCCAGCAGAAAAGCAAUCGCUUGUGGAGACGAUUACAAAGGAUCAUAAUAUCGACGCUCACGAGUCAUUGCUCAAAAAGGUUCAGAUGGCCCGCACAAUCUGCACCAAUGUCUUCGAUCUUUAUGAGUCGGGAUGCCUUCCAGUCAAUCUGAGCAUUGCAGACAUCUACACUUACCAGCAUGCGCUACUGUUAUCGUCCGAGCGUUCAAAAGUUGGAUAUCGAGACCAGAUGUACGUUCGGGCAAGUCACAGUGGACUUGGCAGUCCAAGUCCCACACCCUUCGAUCACAUGCACGAGCGAUAUCCUUUCGCCCGGGAUAUCCUUCUUCAUCGACUCGGGAUAGUGCUUUUCGAGAUCGGCCACGAGUCGGAGUACCAAGAUGUUCUUCCCCUGCCUGAGUCUCCAGUCGGUUCCCCCGAAGAUCAACUCCGUAAACAUGUCGACACAAUCAAUCGCAGUAUCCAAGAGAUUGGAGUUGAUCCUAGGUACAGAGCCCUCGUUCGAAGCUGCCUGAGCGGUUCGUUGGGGCAAGAUGUGGUAGAUGCGGCGGAAUCGAGCUUUGCUCGGGAGGUGAUCGCUAAACUGGAGACGAUUGAGGUUGGGAUAGCAAAGGCCAUUGAACGAAGGAAUCAGUAA